CGGAGCACAGACAGCAUUGAUGCAACAGGCGAGGGACAAGUCCGUACUUUGGGGAAUGCCACCAGUAACCUCAAGGGAAAACCAAUCAAGAGACUUUCCAUCACACGAGGCCACUUCCCCAAGUUGACUGAAUGUGCCCAUUUCCACUAUGAGGCUGUGGACUUUGGACACAUCCAGCUUCAGUUUGCCCCUGAUCAAAAUGAAAACCUCAGCAAUUUGGAGGAGGGGAGCCUGUUGUUUCCUGUUCAGGUAACCUGUCAGGGGAAAAGUUGGCAGGUCCAUCGCAGCUAUGAGGAAUUCCGCACAUUGGACGCUCACCUGCACUGCUGUAUCUUUGACCGGCGCUUCUCUCAGCUGCCUGAACUGCCACCCCUCAGCCACGUACAAGCUCAUCCUGAGAUGCUGGUGCCUAUGGUUUCACAGUAUCUGGAGAAGCUUUCUGCUAUUGUGGAUAGCAAUAUCAAUUGCAGCCCAGUUCUCACCUGGAUGGAGCUGGAUAAUCACGGCAACCGACUGUUGGUGAAUGAGGAAGCUUCGAUCAAUGUUCCUGCCAUUGCAGCUGCUCACGUGGUUAAACGUUACACCGCGCAAGCAUCCGAUGAGCUCUCUUUUGAGGUUGGAGACAUCAUUUCCGUGAUUGACAUGCCCCCCAAAGAGGAUAGGAGCUGGUGGCGUGGGAAGCAUGGAUUCCAGGUGGGUUUCUUUCCCAGUGAAUGUGUAGAGCUAUUCUCAGAACGUCCUAGCCCAGGAGUCAAACCAGAUGCAGAGGGGACAAGCUGCGCCUUCCCCAGGACUCCUGGCCUCCUCUCCCCAACCUCAGUGUCUAAGAAACAUGGCAAACUCAUUGGGUUUCUUCGUACUUUCAUGAAGUCUAGGCCCAGUAAACAGCGCCUGAAGCAGCGGGGAAUCCUCAGGGAGAGGGUGUUUGGCUGUGAUUUAGGAGAACACCUCAAAAACUCAGGCAGUGAUGUCCCCCAGGUAUUACGCUCUUGUUCUGAUUUCAUUGAGAAGCAUGGCAUCGUGGAUGGCAUUUACCGUCUCUCUGGUGUCUCCUCCAACAUCCAACGUUUGCGGCAUGAGUUUGAUAGCGAACGGGUGCCCGAACUCUCCAAAGAUGUUUACUUGCAAGACAUCCAUUCAGUCAGCUCUCUCUGCAAGCUGUACUUCCGGGAAUUACCAAACCCUCUGCUCACCUAUCAACUCUACAACAAAUUUGCUGAGGCUGUAUCAGUUUCUGGCAACGAAGACCGCUUAGUACGGGUGCAUGAUGUUAUCCAGCAAUUACCCCCACCACACUAUCGGACCCUGGAAUUCCUGCUGCGGCAUCUGGCACGCAUGGCUAUGCACAGUCAAAACACCAGCAUGCAUAUCCGCAACUUAGCCAUCGUUUGGGCACCCAACCUGCUGCGAUCGAUGGCUCUGGAGUCAGUUGCGCAGUGCGGAGCCGAUGCCUUUCAGGAAGUCCGAGUUCAGUCCCUCGUGGUCGAAUUCCUCCUCAGCAACGUUCAGGUUCUCUUCAGCGACACUUUCACCUCCAUUGGCAAGGACAUCACAGGGUGUUGCUUCCUUCCUCGACCCAAAUCCCAGUUGGUCAGCUGCCCUUCCACCCGCUUGCUCUCCCUUGAAGAAGCACAAGCACGCACCCAGGCCCUCUGCAAGAUCACCAAGCUAGAAGCCAGACGUGAAUCCCCGGAUCCACAGGAGCAAGGGAAGAUCUCUGCUGUCUUGGGAUCACCUAACACUAGGCAAAAGACAGAAAACAAUGGGAGGCUGCGGAAGAUAUCAGGAGCUAGUUGGAAGACUUUCUUUGCCAUUGGCAAGGCACCGGUCCCAUUCCGCAAAAAAUCACAUAGAUUGGGAGAGCUUUUUGGGCUUGGAGAAUCUUUACCAGGGAGUCAGGGUGAGACGGUCACCUUGCGAUCAGCCAAGAGUGAAGAAUCUCUAACAUCUCAGGCCAGUCUAACAGGUCUCCCCAAAUUGCCUUGCUUGAGACGUCCACAUUCCAGCAGUGAUGCUUUCCCGGCCCUCAAACAGUGCCACUCAUGUUCCUCUCUGGGGUCUUCUGUGUCUGGCCACGGUGAAGGCUUGGCCACUGGGACAGAUGAUGUGGCUUCCCGUCGGCGUUCCUCUUGGCUGGAAGGUGACUCAGAGCUGGACUCAGAGUUGGAAUUAAGUCCUCCUGGACUUCGUGGGCUGGACUUUGACCCAUUAACUUACCAGUGUAGCCAUCCUGUGCAGCAGCCUUCGCUCUCAGAUGACUCCAGCUCACCGAGUCCUGUUGCAGCUCUCUCGCCCUGCUCGCAUCCCAACAUUAGCAAAGAUACAUCAGAGCCGUUGCCUGUCUCCUUGCCUGACAAGGUGCUGGAAAUGUUUGCUGGUGGGGAGGCCAGAGGGCUAAGCAUGCAUGCCUCCCCUCCGCAUAUGAUCUCCAUGCUCCUGAGUGCAGCUGGUGGACAGCUCAGCAACACUUGUGAACGCGAAGUCCGUGGCAAGAUUACACAAGCCAAAGGUCGCGUGUCUCCACCCAGUCCGAAGUCUGAAGCCGCUCCCACAUCUCCCGGUGCAUUGUCCGUGCUGCGGCAUAUCCCUCCACCUCCUCCACCCAAGAAUCCGGCUCGCCUGAUGGCGCUGGCGCUAGCUGAGAGCGCUCAUCAGGCAGCCUUGCAGCAAAAACGACAGGCCAGCCUGAAGCAGAGGGAACCCCGGACGCAUUUCCGGCGCUCUCUAUCGCUGGAGUGCAAGGCAGGGGAGCUGGCGAGCGGAGCACAGGCGCUCUACUCCAUGGUGCGCCCGAGCCCCAAGGCCUCUGGCCUCUCCUCGCUCCAGGCACAGGCCAGGGGCAGGAGCAUCGGCAGCCAGUGCCGCAACCUCCAGGGAGGAAACCAGGUGCCUCUCAGCCAGGCUUCUCCCUUGGGUAGCUCGGAUUCCUUUUCCCCUUACCGGAGGGUCCUCGCUGACCUAGGCCAGAGAGACCCUCAGCCUCUUUCCUUCUCGGAUCCCUACCACCUGUCCUCCCCGUCUCCUGCCUACAGUUUGCAUCCCCCGCCGCCGCCCCUGUCAGUCCCCUACCCUGCUUUCCGCCAGCCUCAAGAGGCCUUUCCUUCGUCCGGCCUGUCAGCUGCCCCGCCCAAGCCUCCGCCUCCUCCCCACUUCCCCAUAACUGCCGGUCACUUGCCCCUCAAAACGAGGCCCUCUUCUUUCCAGCCCUGCCUCCCGGACCAUCCUCUCCGGCAUCACGGCCACUUCCCCCCUCGAGGGGGCAUCAGUGGGAGCCCCCCUUCUCAGCUGGAGCAUGAGAAUCUCUAUUAUGAGAUUGUGGGGGAGCCUCCUGCCUAUCCUGGUCUGGCACGCCCGUGGCCAUCUUGUCCCCCCCCUGAGUACUUGGCCACUUUCAAUGCCUCCUAUGGGAUAUUUGGGAGGCCCUGGCGCCAGCCCCAGCUGCCCCCAGCCCCCUCCUCUCUUCAGCCUAUCUUAAAAAAUUCCCAGCUGCAGAUCCAGUCUAUGUCUCCAGCAGUAACCCGACAGGAACCCAUCUACGUCAAUGUGCCCUUCCCUGAACCCCCUUUGGUCAGCCCCACGCCCUCCCCUCCACCGGAAGCAGCACACCCCCGCAGUCAUUCUGACCCUGGGGCUACUCAAGCUUUGUCCCAACCCAGCAGACCUCCCUUGCCUCAGAAGCAGAAGCUUGGUUGGGGCUAUGCACCCUCAGGGCAAUACCGCCAACUGAUGGAUGUUUUGCCCUGCAGUCGUGCCGUGUGGCAGUUCUACCGUCCACCCUCUGCCUGUUGGGGUCAUCCCCCUUACGGUCCAGAACCCAUCAUCACCUACGAUGGGCCCGCCACCCGCUUGGGGAGCCAGACCUCAGCACCUUUGCAGAAGCUGGAUGAAUCUUCCCCGCAGUACGGCAACGUGGAGAGGAGAGAGGGGUCUUCGUCUGGGGGCUACCUGGGGCCCAGUUGGACAGUGUAUGCUGAGGGCCAGACACAUAGCUACUGCUGAGACGGUGACCAGAUGCACACUUUGGAUUCUCGGGGCUGGGCUCCGGGUUUCGGUUCUCUCUUCCUUGCCAGUAUUCAUGGAAUUAUAUUGUACUGAUUGCUGUGAAAAAAUAAAUACCUUGGAAGGAUAGAUCACACUAGGUUACUGUGAUGUCACAUCUUUGGCUCCCUCGUUGGCCGUUGUGCCUGCCUCGUUUGGAGGACUUCUCUAUGGUUUGGAGAGCACACGAAUCUUUCAAGGCAGCUCCUACUCCUGCAGGAUGUCUCUCUCCAGAAAAUCAGCAUGACAUCACAGAAGAACAUUAGAUUGCAUCAUUUCAGCCUUUGGGGCACCUUAAUGGCUCUGCCCAUUGCAUGGUGUGUCGAACCUCCUGUUUGUGUUACGUUCCACGUUGCUUUUUUCCACCUUGCCAUCUCUCCAACAAUGGAUUUCUAACCUCAGAGGAGAGUGUUUGGUUCAAAUGGGAUGACUGCGGCUGAUUCCUUCUGGAUUACAUCAUCUCGUCUGCUUUGGCAAUGUGAAUCACAAUAGGAUGUCUGGAAUCCAGCCAGUGCUGCUAACCGUGCUCAUGUCAUGCGCUGAACUGACACAGAGGGGCACUGUUGGCCAUGCUUUCCUUACCACUGGGUGAGAUUGCAGGCUUCGGAGGGGAGAGUGGGAUUAACGGCCUGGCCCUUGCUCUUCUUUUCUUCCAAUAUUCAAACCAAAAUAGUUCUAAUCUGUAAGCAUCCUUUUAACCCAAUUAAAAUAUUAACAAUUCCUGGAAGAAAGCCAUCCUCUGGGGUGUUCCAUGUAUGUCAAAGGAAAUGUAUGAUGCCACGAGUAACUCCAGGCACCCUUGCAACCUCCUUUGUGUGUUUGCAGCUAGGCAGACUGGCAUGUCGAGAAAAUUUAGGGGAAGCAUGUUCGGAGAAAAUUGGUCUCAUGCAUUUCUAUAUUUAUUUAGGAUUUGAGGAUCUCUGUGUGUGUAUGUGUGUGUAUGUGUGUUUUACAGAAGGAUAGAGGAAAGAUGCAUCUGUGCCCAGCAUAGGAGGGGUCUGUGUACCACUUUCACAGACACACACACAAGCAGCAGGAUUAUAUGUGCUUGAGAGGAGUGUCCAUGUCUAUUUGACAUGUGCAUUCAUGUCUGGAGUUGGGGCGUGUGUGUGCACACAUGUGCACGUGUGUCUGUGAAAGUGUUUGUAUAUAUUCCAUAGACAGUAUUUUAGAUAUGUGGGGUGGGAAGAAGGGAGAGGAAUUUAUGCCUUAUUCCUCUUGAGCAGUUGUUGGGAACCAUCCAUAGAUUGAGACUAGGGCAAGAAGCAGUUUCCUCCCCACAGCAUCCCCUCCCCAAAGCACUUUUCAAGUGGCCUCUAGGCUCCUUUUCAAAUAUUGUCAGAUUUCUUUUCUUUUUUUAAAAAAAGGGGGGGAGCAAGUAAAAUAAGCAACAAUAGUAAUUCACCUGCAUCCCUGAGAAGGAAAAAAAAAGUUUUUCCUGAAUGCAAUCCAAACACCUUCAAGCACUUUGGGAUCCUAUCACUUUCAGAGAGAGCUAAGCACAAGUUUUAACUCUCCUCCCGUAAGAUCAGGGGGAUUUCACCCUGCUUGAAACUGUGCCCCUCUUCAACAGCCUGCUCCUGUGCAUGCAUGCUUGGAACUCAGCCCCACAGAGUAACGCAAGACUGAUGCCUGAAUUUGUGCACAUAAGGACUACAGCCUUAACCGCAUUAUUUUGAAGCCUCCCGUGGGAUCUUUUUUGGGAUGGGGCUGAAUUCCUCAAGAGUUUGGGAGUAACCAUACUUGGAUCUUGGCCACCCCAGCUGGCUGGCACUCUUGCGUGGCAAGAUCUAGAUCAUCUCACUCCAGGCAUUGCCCACCUUAGCGAAAACAUUAUUCAUCUGUACACAAGAAGGAUAUGCAAUUGACUCAGAAAUCUCCAGGUCCUCUGAUACGGCUUUCGGCGUAGAACGUCUUGACCCGCGCUAAGAGUUUCAGAACCAGAAUUGAUUCCCUUCUCUCUCGUAAUACCGAUUGGUUCAACGUUUGGUUUUACCACAGAAAUUGCACUAACUUUGCCACUUUUUUUUAAAAAAAAGCUACCGCUAUGGUAAAAAACCUCCAAAUUGUCCCGCAUUCUUAAUAGCUUACAUUCCUUGUUUUUCUAGGAACUGAAACAUUGGAAGCUGUUUCUCCUGUGGUUUUGCAAAGACAUGGGGGCACAUUGGGGAAAAAAGUGUGCUUAAUGAUCCACGAAGAACAUAAUGUUGGACCUUAAUCCAUGGCAUUGGUUAUGUCAGACUGGGGAUAUAGAACAACCUUGGGAGUGGUUAACUGUAGAUUUGUUACUUAUAGGUAACAUUGAAUGUCCAAGAUCUGGAGAGCACCCAGAUGCUGGCCGUGCUAAACGAACCUUGAAAUUACUUGAAAAUAGAUGUAAGUUUCUACAGGCUUCUAACACGGGGUAAUGAUUAUGGGCAUACUGAAAUGAUAGCCAAGCACUUUUCAUUGAAUUUCAUGUAUUUCUAGCACUUGGCUGGGCAGUGACUAUUUCCACCUGAAUAUCACCAAAUUUUGGAGAGUUACAGAAUAGUCCUAUCAAUACUUACUUUACCAGAGAUUAAGGUACAUAUUGCAGUUCCGACAUUAUGUGCAACUGGAUUUUGGGCAUAGAUGAAGCUUAAGGGAGGAUCUUUAACGCUUUUGAGUAUAAUGCAUAGUGACCUGGGAGUCUGAACAGAAUUGGUUUCAUGCUAAUCAUUUUGUUCCCUGGCAGGUUAGCUCUAUCUCUACACAUCCAACGAAAUUGGGCGGUAGAGUUCUGAGAUAUAAGAACGGGCUAUCCUUGCAGCCUAUCACACUUUUGAGUCCUCCCUUACAUGACAAAUUGCAAAGCUUUCUCCUUAACCACACUUGUUUUCCAUCUGCAAUUUAUGCAGGAGGACUAAAAAAUAUUUGCAGCUGUAGCUGAAGUGACUACAGUUCCUCCUUGCACACCUUGGCUUCCAGCCACCUUAUUCUGCUGCAUGUGGGCCAGCCAUGGCUGUAAGACACCAAGAAAUUGCUUCCUAUUGUUUCCUUUGUAAUAUACCUCCCAUGAGAGGCAGUACUUCGAAAGGGAAGGAGAUGACAUGACAGUCCCAUGUUCUCCAAUGCUCUGAAGCAAUCACUGCCCUACUGGUCUGUCUAUAUGUGCCUGUGUCUUUAACAGCCCAUGUUUCCUUGUUUCCUCUGAUGUGCUGCAUUUCUUCUUUUUGGAUAUAAAUUGACUUCCCUUUUUUUCUGGGAUUCUUGUACUAAAUGGCUUAAAACAAACCAAUUAACAAAUAAAGGCAAA